AUGGCUCAACCAACUUUCCCCAUGACAGGCAAAGCUCCUCUCGAUUCAUUACCUCAAGGACAAGCAUCAAUGUCAAUUCAAUCUCACAGAACCUUGUCUACAAAUGUUGAAAACUCACAUGUGGCACCUGACCAUUCCAAUGCUGAACGUUACGCACCUCAUGCUUUCCAAUACCCGUACACACCACCAGCAUAUCCACCUGUGCAAUAUGACCCACGAUACCAACCAUACUCGAUGACAAACGGAUUCCAGUUGCCCCUGCUCUUUCAACAUCGUCCACAUUUGAUGAUUUACCCUCAUCCAACUAUCAGACCAAACUCAUUUCAAAUAGCCGAGGAUCCACAAGAUGUGACUCAAUCAGCUGAAGAACCUAGUGAUAGAGAUUUGAUCCAAUCCGCCGAAGUACCUAUAGGAAUGGGCAACGGAAGCAUCAGCCAGGCAAUCAUACCAACACCAAUUGAACAGGCCAACGUUCAAACAACGGUCCUUAUUGAACCAGUCAAACAGCACAAUGAACCCACGGCUUCCGCUUCCAGCUUGAACAUACCAGGCCCAAGUAUCACUGUUGGCCAGCUUCCUGAACCUGCUAUGUAA